AUGCCAAAACCACAACACUAUCCCACCCCGCUAAAGAUUCCCCCCAAAUCGGGUACAACCCCCAGGACAAUCUUGAUAAUCCUGCACGGCCGGGGCUCAACCGCCGACAUCUUCGCAAAACCUCUCCUCGACCACCUCGUCUCGCCACGAAUAACGGCACAAGGGGAAGAGGAGGCUGCAAGGCAAUUCUACGACCAUUUCCCCACAGCGCAAUUCGUUUUCCCAACGGCGUCUCUCCGCCGCGCUGUGGCAUACAAUCGCUCCCUUACACAUCAAUGGUUUGAUCAGUACCCCCUAGAUGAAUAUGCGCCAGAACACAAAUCACAUAUACAAUUGGUUGGGUUGAAAGAAUCGGUGACGUACAUCCAUGGACUGAUCAGCGAGGCGGUGCGGGAGGUAGGAGCGAGAAACAUCGUGCUUAUGGGAUUAAGCCAGGGGUGUGCGACUGCGUUGUUGUCGGCGUUGUUAUGGGAAGGGGAAGCGUUGGGUGCGAUUGUGGGGUUCUGUGGUUGGUUGCCUCUUCGGGAAGGGGUCAACGGAGCCAUGAGUGCGGGCGAGGAUGAGGAAGAUGGUGAUGGCUUAUUUGAUAGAGGUGAGAAGAACGAAGGCGAGGAAGAUAAAAGUGGUUUUGAAAGGGGUGUUGAGUGGUUGAGGGAGGAGUUGGAGUUGAAAAUCAACGAAAAGGACGUCAAUAUCGGAUCGUCGUCUAUCAGAAAGACCCCCUUCUUUUUGGGGCAUGGAGUGGAGGAUGAAAAAGUACCUUUCCAAUUGGGGCGAUUGGCAGCUCGGUGUCUUCAGGAGAUGGACUUGGAUGUGACCUUCCACGAAUAUAAGGGUUUGGGUCAUUGGUACUCGGAAGACAUGCUCAAGGACAUCGUUUCUUUCAUUCAGUGGUAA